AUGCAUGCGAUAUGCCAAUGUGCUGAACAUGCUCCUACCUUUCUCAUUGUCUGUUUUAGGGAUGGUAAUAAUACCCGUCGGGUCCCCGGCCCUAACGGGGGGAGUUUUCGGGGAGAAAUCCGGGCCGGGUACGGGGAUCCUAGAAUUUGCAAAAUCCCCGACCAAGGAUGGACCGGGUAUGGGAUUAGAGUCGCUGUUUGUCGCUCCUUAUUCCUUCCUCCUACACGGACUGCUAUCUUCUCGAAUUCUUUGAGCAAGCGAUUGCACUUCAAGUUUCAACUGCACAUCAAGUUUGCUGUCAGCAAGGUGGGUUAUGACAAUGAAGAGACUGAAGUUCCUGAAACCCAAAUUGAGGAGGAUAACAACCCUACACCAAAUGAAAAUGAUAGCAAUCCUACAGCAACUGAAAAUAACAACACGGAAGUCACAAGUUCAACUCAAGCUAUUGUGAAUAAAAGGAAAGUGAGAGAUGGCUUAGAAGUGAUUAAAAGGAGUAUUGAGAAAAUUAGGUACAGUGUUGCAUUUUGGCUAGGAACCCAAAAAAGAGAGGAGAAAUUUCUUGAAGCGGCCAGGCAGUUGAGACACCGUGAGCCAUUGUACAAAGAACUGUCUAGUGAAAGUGAUUGGGCAAAGACAAAGGAGCUUGUUGAUAAGUUGAACAUGUUUUAUGAUGUGACUGUUCUUUUUUCAGGGACCAAGUAUCCUACUGCCAAUCUUUACUUUAAGAAUAUUUGUGCUAUUAGAUUAGCAAUGUAUGAUUGGCUUAGUUCUGAACAAGAAGAGGUGCAAGCAAUGGCAUUACAUAUGCAAACAAAGUUUGAGAAGUAUUGGGAUACAAUGCUUGGUUUGAUGGGAGUUGCAACUCAAGAGAUUAAGAAAUAUAAAGAUAUUCUCUAUGACUUGGUCAAGGAGUAUCAGUCAAGAUAUCAACAAAGUCAACAAGUGCAAUCUGAAUCUUUGAUUCCUACUUCUUCAUCAAGCCCAUCUAUGCCUAAACUUGAUUUGCUUCAAGCUCUAAUGAGAGCGAGGCUAGAAGAGUCACCGUUCAAGAUGAAGAAGUUGAUAAUAAUGAGGAGGAGGCAACAUUCUUAUAUUUAA